AUGUCUUUCUUCACGCCAAACGUCACUAAUUUCACAACGGAAAGUGUUGCAGAUACACCACGAGAUGAAAGUCUUGCGCGAGUUGAAAUUGCAGUUCUGAGCAUAAUUUUCUUCAGCGCCGCAGUGCUGAACUUCGGACUUCUCUUGGUUCUGUGGAGGAGAAGGAAACAGAUGUCUCGAAUGCGUGUGUUUGUCUUUCAUUUGUGUCUGGCAGACCUCGUCGUCACUUUUUUCCAGGUGUGUCCACAACUGAUGUGGGAUAUCACCGACAGAUUCAUGGGACCCGACGUGCUAUGUCGAUUGGUGAAGUAUCUCCAAGUGGUCGGCAUGUUUGCCUCUCCGUACAUGAUCGUAGUGAUGACCAUUGACCGCUACCAAGCCAUCUGCAACCCCAUGGUAACUUUUCAGCGACGCCGCGCGCGAUGGAACGUGCCUGUCUGCAUCGCGUGGGGCAUCUCUCUUCUCGGCAGCCUGCCUCAGAUUUUCAUUUUCUCUCAAGUUGAAAUUGCGCCUGGGGUUUACGAGUGCUGGGCCAACUUCGUAACGCCGUGGGGGCUGAAGACUUACAUCACCUGGACAACUCUGGUCGUGUUUGUUUUCCCCAUAUUGACAAUUGUGGUGUGUCAGGUGCGCAUCUGUAGAACAAUUCAGAUAAACCUCUAUAUGAAAACGCACCAAGAUGAUGACACUGCCAAGUUGCCGUCAAGAGCCAGCAGUGUGGCCGGGGUGUCCAAAGCGAGAAUCAAAACUGUCAAAAUGACUAUUGUGAUAGUGCUUGCUUAUAUUUUUUGCUGGUCUCCGUUCUUUACCGUGCAACUGUGGUCAGUCUGGGACGAAAGCGCGCCAACAGAAAAUGCAGUCUUCACCAUCUUUAUGCUGCUGGCCAGUCUGAACAGCUGUGCCAACCCUUGCAUCUACCUCCUGUUCAGCGGGAAGUUGCCGAAAAGCAUCAUAACACUGCUCUGCGCUGGGCACACCGGCAUGAAAGAGUCGCUCCCGGAUGAAACGACCAUGGUGAGCUCACUGUACAUGAGCUUGAAGAAUUUAUCGGACACAAGGUGAGAUGGUGCCAAAGUGCACUGGGUCAGUUCUCGUGUCACAUUAUUAUGGACAACUUCAAUGCAUGCCUGGCUGGUGUUCUUUUUACUGACGUUGCUUGAUAUGCUUUUGCAUUGCGUAUACGUGCCUCGUUGUGUAUAUUUUUAUGCCUCUAUGUUCAAGUGCAUAAUGCAUGGUCCUAGGUGAAUUACGUUGUGAAAAGUAGUGGAAAUGUGUCUCAAAACUGUCCUGAAGAUAGAUGGAUUCAUUUUGUGCACAUUAUAUGGCAUUUGACAUGAUGGGAUAAAUUAUAUUUGAAGAAACUGUGUCACAAUUUUAUGUGUGCUUUUUGCUCAAUGUGUUCAAUAAA